UGAAGGGAGAGCAGCUAGAAUAGGCUAGAACCGAAAGAGAAGAAAAUGAGUAAUACAUUUGGGUUGGCCAUCACGGCGGAAACCGUGAGAGCAAUGGGGCGGUACGACCACAAGGAUACAAUCGACCAGGUAGACUGCGCGCGAGAAGCCAUGAGGCUGAUCCACGCGGAGGACAAGAACCUGGACGCCCUCGCCUACGCGUGGGAUCUCAAGGGCAUGUACGGCAACGGCAAGACCAGCAUCGUCCUGGUAUACAACGCCACCGGCGACAGGGUGACGCUGGGGGAUGGUCGAGAUUGGUCUGGCCGCAUCUACGGCCGCCAGCCCCCUCGCGACUUCCAGAACGGCCAGUGGAUCGCCUUCCUCCAUGUAAGGUCUCCCUCCAACCCAAAUGAACUCCAAGCCGCCAGGGUCUUCCGUGGCCGGAACGUCGACGGCCGACCUCGCGAGUUCCUGGUGUCCUGGGCCAUCCCGCUGCAGGGCAGUCAAAAUAACUCCGCCUAUACCGAAAUCCGCGACGCAAACGGGUUCGCCGGGUGGACUAACGUCAGAAACAAUCUGCUAAGGGCAAAAUUAAUCACUCGUUCAAACGACAACCACAAGUGCGCUUCAACGAUCAGCAUGGGUGGCUACUGGACUGCGGAAUGCAUCGCGGUUCUGCAGCACCAGUUUGAGCCCUUGCCGGAUCCAUACGCCAGAACCUAAAUACGUCUACUUAUAAUGUUGUAUUUUGAUGGCUAAAUAAGUUGCGCGGAUCCUAGUCGAUCGCCCCACCUCCUACGUACUGGUUUGUCGUCGCUCCUACUAUCUAUGUGUCCAUCUAUAAAUAAAUGGUGGCUCCUAGCUACUCCUAUAUGUAUAAGAUCGUGUAUGUAUCCGAAAUUCAAUUCA